CUUAUUUCUACGCUGGCAACGGUUCUCACGUCCUAUUUGAUCCUGAGCUUUUGCUGAUAUUCUGUCUGGUUUCAUUUUUCAAAAUUUAAAUUUAAUAAUUAAAUAAUGUUUUCCACUUUGACUAAAGCUGCUCCUGCUUGCAGUUUAUUAACCCGCAGUUUUUCAUCGUCAGCACAGAGGAAUGCCAAAGUUGCUGUUCUUGGAGCCAGCGGCGGCAUUGGCCAGCCCAUGUCUUUGCUUAUUAAACAGAGUCCAUUAGUUUCUCAUUUAUCAUUGUAUGAUAUUGCUCAUACACCAGGUGUUGCUGCAGAUUUAAGUCACAUAAAUUCCAGGGCUAAGGUUACAGGUCACAUGGGACCAGAUCAAUUAGCGGCAUGUUUGGAUAAAUGUGACGUUGUAGUGAUACCUGCUGGAGUUCCACGAAAACCUGGAAUGACCCGUGAUGAUUUAUUCAAUACAAAUGCAUCUAUAGUACGAGAUUUGGCUGAUGCUUGUGCUAAAGUAUGUCCUAAAGCAAUGGUUUGCAUCAUUGCCAACCCUGUAAAUUCGACUGUGCCCAUCACUGCUGAAAUUUUCAAGAAACAUAAUGUUUUUGAUCCCAACAGGAUUUUUGGUGUAACUACUUUAGAUGUUGUCAGAGCAGAUGCAUUCAUUGCAGAAGCCAAGGGUCUUGAUCCAGCUGAAGUAAAUGUUCCAGUUGUUGGUGGACAUGCUGGAAUAACAAUCAUUCCUUUAAUUUCUCAAUGCAAGCCAUCUGUUUCUUUUGAAGCUGACAAACUAGAUGCUAUUACAAAGAGAAUUCAAGAAGCUGGUACUGAAGUUGUAAAAGCAAAAGCUGGAGCUGGUUCAGCUACUUUGUCAAUGGCUUAUGCUGGGGCACGAUUCACUUUUUCAUUAUUAAGUGCAAUGAACGGAAAGCAAGGUGUCAUUGAAUGUGCUUAUGUUAAAUCUAGUGAAACUGAUGCUCCAUACUUCGCUACUCCCUUACAUCUUGGGAAAAAUGGAAUCGAAAAGAAUUUAGGACUCGGAAAACUCUCGGCGUAUGAAAAAGAUUUAGUAGAAAAAGCUAUCCCAGAAUUAAAAGGAAAUAUCAAGAAAGGAGAAGACUUUGCCCACAAAUCUUAAAACAGUUGACAGAAAAUUAAUAAUGGAAGGUAGACCAACAAUUUUUCUGUAAAUAAUUCAGUCUUCAUAUGCAAUUUGUGAGUGAAAUAAUAGAUUAAACUGAUUUUUUAGACUUA